CCUUCCUUCCUUCCUUCCUUUGCUGCUCCUAUACUUGCACCGCAGUCGUAGGUAGGUGUCUGCGCGUGCGCGUGCGUCUGUGUCUGCCCGACCGAGAGAAGAAGGGCACGAAAAUGGCGAGCCCCGAUUCGAGGACCGCCGGCGAGAAGAGGGUCCCCUGCGACUUCUGCACCGACCGGUUCGCCGUCCUCUACUGCCGGAGCGACGCGGCCAAGCUGUGCCUCCUGUGCGACCACCACGUCCACUCCGCGAACCUCCUCUCCCGCAAGCACCCCCGCUCCCAGAUCUGCGACAACUGCGCCUCCGCCCCGGCCUCCGCCCGCUGCUCCACCGACAACCUCGUCCUCUGCCAGGACUGCGACUGGGACGCCCACUCCGCCUCCCCCGUCCCUUCCUCCCACCUCCGCUCCCGGGUCGGCGGCUUCUCCGGCUGCCCCUCCGCCCUCGAGCUCGCCUCCCUCUUGGGCCUCGAUUUGGCCGCCGACGAGGACAAGAAGUCGGGCCACUCGGGCCUCCCCCGGAACGAUGGCCAGCUGAUGCAAGAGGUGAUUUCGAGCAUGGAGGGUUGGGUGUACGGGGCCAGCGGAAACGGGUUCGGGUUUCAGGACCUGAUGGUGCCCAACGACACGGCUUUGUCGGCUCCCUACCCCGGCGUCGUCAAGCAGGGAUCGACGGGUCGGACGAACUGCGGGAGGCGCAAGCAGGAGAUGCAUAAGCAGUUGGUGGAGUUGCUGAAGAGGGAUUUCGAGGAUAAUUCCGACGGCGGAGGCGGAGGCGGAGUAGGAGGCGGAGGGGGAGGAGAUAAUUUGGUGCCGAGGACGCCGAACAGGACGACGGCCGCGUGGCCGGAGGAUGGGGAAGGGAUCUGUGGGGAGCAUCAACACGGGAGUGAUGGGGUUGAUGCGGUGGUGAUGGAUCAUCAUCAGCCAUUUCAACAGCAGCCCACUUUUACUUCUUUGCUGAUGUUCCCGACGCAGCGAGAUUUGGAGGAGAGCGGACGGCGUGCCGCGGGGGUGGGGACUAGGAAUGUUGGCGGCCAGAGUACUCAGAUCUGGGAUUUCAACUUGGGACAGUUGAGGAGCCAAGAAGAAGCUAAUGCAGUGGAAGUUGGAUAUGGCAAAAGUAACGAAGGUUUUAUGAUCAAGAGUUACAAUGAACUAAUGAAAGAGACAUCAAUCACGACUACAAAAAUGUUGGGGGAUGUGUACCAGCUGAAUGGUUAUGUCAUGCCCGAAGAUAGUUCGUUGUACAAUGCCAGUUCAAGUAACCUGGCUGCUAGCCAAGAGCCAGCAACAUCUGAGAGUAACAACUUACCCGUGCCCAGGCCAUCGUCUGGUUCAGCUCUUGCUAAAGCUAAAGGCUCUGCUAACUCCAAGAGUUACAAUUUUGCGGAUCAGACAUUGAUCACGAGUGGCAGUGAAACAGUGGUGAAGACAAAGGCCGACUUGGAGUUACUGGCUCAAAACAGAGGCAACGCCAUGCUCCGUUACAAGGAGAAGAAGAAAAACCGGAGAUACGACAAGCACAUAAGGUAUGAGUCGAGGAAGGCGAGAGCUGACACUAGGAAGCGAGUCAAGGGUCGGUUCGUGAAGGCUAGCGAAGCCCCUUGAUUGGGUUGCCUGUAGUUGCCAGAUGAGCUGCUCCCUUCUUUACUCUCUCUCUCUCUCUCUCUCUUUUUUCCCUUAAUUCUUUGUUUGCUUGUAAAUAAUCUUUUGACAAUCAGUCUCUCCCCAUGUUGUAGUGUAUGAUUUGAGCAAGUCUUAGAUUACGUGUGUUUGCUGUCAUUACUCAUUAGUCAUCCCAUCCUUUUCAUCUUUCAUAUCAGCAUUCUUGCUCGGAAUACCUGAUGAUUAGUCCAAGAAGGCACAAACUUUUUUUUUUGGGUUCA